AUGUAUGGUUCCAUUUGGGGAGCGCAUCGUAUCGGCAAACCGCUCCCAUGGGACAAUGAUGUUGACAUUGGAUUUGAUGGUGAAGGAAUAUUUGCAGAUAUGACCUUGGAUGAAUUUCUUGCUCCUUUUGUGGCAGCAGGUUUUAAAGCAAGUAACAAGUGGAUACAGAAAGGAACCAUGUAAUUCACAAAGAGGGUUUGUGGUUGUCUGUCGAUCUGUUUGCAUUCUACAAUCAUGGAGGUACUAUGACGAGGACGGGAAUAGAGUCAUGGGCCUUUGCUCUCAAUUACAGGAUAUAUCACUCAUUUCCUGCAUGGCUGGUGGAACCAGAACUACCUCAAGUGAAAUUUGGAUUCUUCAAUAUCUCCAUUCCUAAAGGCGGUAUUGAGAUUUUGAAGCACUUGUACCCUUUUAACUGGUGGAAAGAAGUGCGUCCUCGUGGGUGCUGA